GCAUGUGCGAGUCCUUUGAAGCAGUCGGACUAGCGCGCUAUUGUGUGUACCACUUCUUGACAGUUCUUAACAAUAAUAGAAAUAGUUGGUAGACAGUCUCAGUCAGUGCAUCACUUUUCGCUCGUCUCUACGUUGAGAGUCAGGAACCGAAAUUUGAAAGACAAUACGAACGGUUAUAUGAAAAAAAGGUUUGUUUUUAAAUCUCAGAAACAAGAAUCGUUUGAGUUCAUAUCUUCCUGUUCAUCCUUGAGCCUCUUCUUCAGGGCAAGUGUUGGUGUGUGAGUGAGUGAGAAGAAUGUAUGUAAGAAAAUUCUCAAGGUCCUUGGAGGGAAAUUAGCCCGGACGAAGCACUCUGCUCUUCAUGACGACAACGUCGAAGAAAGAGGCAAAGACGACGACGGCGAAAACCACGAAGAACCAGUGCUCGUAAUUUACGUGUUAGAUGACAAUAAUUAUCAUCAUCAAACCCAUCCAUCGGUUGAUGUGAAAUCAGUGCAAGAAAUUUACAUCCUCCCUUCCUCUCUUCGAGAUCCAGACACUCGUGUCUCUGAAUUCAGUCAGUCAGAUCUGAUCGUCUCUGAGUCGUGAUCCUGGAUUUUUGAUUUUCCGGGCAGGAAACAUUGCCCAUCAGUUUCCCGGAAAUUGUCCACCUCCUGGUGAUAUUCGUAUUGGUUCUUCCAAUCAAAAAGAAUAUCUCUAAAUCAAUGUGGAGCACCAUGGAUCCCAGACGGUCCAAAUUGGUGUCGCUUUUGACACCGUGGAACUUGUUCCUCGCUUUUGGGAUCAUCAAUUGCUUAGGCGGAAUCAUCCUAGAGGUGACUUCGGCCCCGAUGAAUGAUGAGGAAUUGGAGACACUCACUGGAACCAACAAGAGCCACCCUCGUCACAAUUCUUCGGGUUCGCUAUUCUCACCAAUUGUGACGGCCACGUGUCGUACCGGGAUAAUGACCAUCAAAGUGGAGUCGCUGAACAACUUUGGAGGAGUGGUUCAUUCGCGGGAUUUCCGGAAACCCGAAUGUUCCGGAUACGGAGAGAACACCAAGAUCACCUUUCUCCGGGUGAAUAUGCUCGCCGAGAAGGAUGACAAGGAUUACUGUGGAGUGUUCUACAAUCAGCCCGAUUCUGAUGAGCGAAGUGUGGCCGUGGCAGUUCGAACUCAUCGAACCCUCGAGUUAGUGGACGAUAAAUUCUAUAUGAUAACCUGCGGAAAAGCCGGAUUUCAAAACUCAAGGAAUCAAACCAGUUUGGUCAAUUUGCAAUUGCUCCAGAAAGAGAAGAAGGUGGAACACGUGGUCUAUGGUCGAGAAUAUACAUUGAGGGCAGAUAUCAGUCACCCUGACGGUCAAUUUGGCAUGAAAGUCAAACGUUGCUUCAGCUUCAGCGACACCAACAACACUGUGGAACUUGUGGAUAGUCGAGGAUGUCCGGAUCGGGAUCUGAUCUCGGAUUUCACUUACGAUUUGACCAAGGGCACGGCAGAGGCCAUGAUUUUCUCCAUGUUCAAAUUUCCCGAGAGUCAUCGUAUCCAUUUCCAAUGUGAUAUCUUGGUUUGUCGAGAUCAAUGCCCGGAACCUGUGUGCAAUGACACAGGCAAGUUUGGUGAUCCCGACACCCGACCUGGGCGAUCAUUACGACCCAAUUCCUCCACUCAGCCGAGGACUGAUGCCUUAUUUCUCCAACCUCCAGAGGACGGCGCACUUAUGGCUUCAUACUCUGUUUUUGUCCUCGAACCCGGAGCGAAUGUUGAUGCCGAGGCCUUGGGCCACAAUUGCGACGUGCCCAACCCUCCGUGGUUGUUGUACUUGUGCAUCGCCUUCGGCGUGCUCUUCCUACUCAUGUUGAUUGUGAAUAUCUUCUUGUGCUCGGCCAUGACGUGUUCGUGCGCCAAGUCAGAUGUGACGGAGAAGGAGCAAUCUAUGAUCGAAGAUUUUGACCCGUACACUCGGUCUUGGCAUGGAUCUCAAUAUGGAUCAAGAUAUUCCUUAAGUAACGGGCUCAAGCCCAUUCCCCCUCCCUUGAUAUCCGUGGACACGAGCCAUAGCCUAUCGAGCAGUGCGGCCAGCGAUUACGGUGGAAACGGCAUGACGGCCGGAGGUGGCAAUGGCUUACCUGCCGUCUACGGAGUGCCUGUUCAUUCGAGACCGAGUUCUCGAUACUCGAAUCGAUCUCAUCGCUCCCAUCGGCGCCCUCAUCAGAUCCAUUCGUCCAGUUCCGGAGCAGGAUCCCAUUACUCCAAGUAUUCCAAUGGGCGCAUCCUCAACUAGACCAUCCAACGAAGAAACGCAAAAAUAUCUCUCUGGCUGUGACGAUCCUCUUAUUACUCUUUGAUAAGAAUGUCUGCUUUUUCUCUUGCUUGAACCACUCGAGUUCGAAGUUUACGGAUAUAUUCGUGCGUGUGUACGUGCGUGUGCAAACAUAUGCAUGCUUUAUCUGAUUCGUCCAUUUCUGAUUGCUAGUAAUUGUCUCUGACAUUUGUGUACAAAUUGUUUUUAAUGCUAGUUGGUAUGACAUUAAUGGUCAGAAUCUGAUUACCAAAUACAAUAAACUUUAAAAUUCACGCUA